AAUUUCCGACUCGCCCCUAACUCGUCGUCCUCGUCAUUCUAGCAGAGCCAUAGAUCAGAAAAAAGCCCCAUUCUCUCUGUUUCUAUCCAUCUCUCUACGAUGGAGUUCCACAGAUUCUACCUGCUAGUCAUCUUGUCGAUUCUCUGUUCUCAAUCUAGGGCCGAAACUACUGGAUCUGUUUUCUUCAUUGAUAGCUCUUCUAAUCAGUUUUUCCGCAAAGCAACGGACGAUGUCACCAAGCCAGAUUUGAUUUUGGACACAGAAGCUGGUGCUGCAGUGUCAGUCUUGCUUGGAUUUGCGCCACCUUCCACUCUUUCAGCGGCUAGCUCAACUAAGUUGAAUCAAAUACUUGUGCCGAAUCCAUUCAACAGGCCUCGUGCUGUUUUCAUGCUGGAAGUUAGAGGAGUUGAUGGUCUAUAUUCUGAACUAUUGGCAAAAGAUAAUGCCAUCUCUGGCAGUAUCCUUAGUAGCAAGAUUGCUUUUGGGUCAGAGAAAUCCGAAAUUCAACUUCCAGCUGAAGAUGAAGUUUCUGUAGUUUCUUUGGAUGAACCAUUCGCUGAUCUUACCGACAAAGAAAUUAGCACUUUUGCAUCGUGGAUGGGUGGGGUCUAUGAUUAUGAUACUGCAGAAACAUUAAAUGGAGAGCUGAUCAUUCCUUUGGCCAAUGGUGCUAAUAUGAAGCUUCAUAUGUCAAAGAAAGCAGACAGGGAAUUUACUGCAAGUCUUCUGUCUCUUGUCCGUAACUUAAGGAAUGCAAUGGAUAUGCAUGAAGACUUAUCUCAUGGUACACGCAGUCCAGCUGAGUUGUUGACUGGUUCCUUUGAUGGCAUUAAGAUUUUGCGAGAGCAAUAUAGAACAGAGGGUUCUGCUCAACAUGGAAUGGAGUUACUACUCUCUACAUUGUCCAAGAUAUACAAUGAACUGCAAGAUGCAUACAAAGGUCAAAUUGUCGGAGUCAUCUUUUGCUCUGGCGAAGCUUCUAUGGAGUCAAGCAAGAUGCUGGAUGUGAGUUUUGCUCCUCAGCGAUCUGGGCGUUUGUUGGAGGAAAACAAAUUACCCCGUGAUACGGUUCUCGAAGUGUUGUUGGUUAGGGGUAUCCUUGCUUGGACCACAGGAAUUAUACUUCUCGUUUCAACCCUCAUAGGGAUAUGCUUCCUUUUCAAUAUGCCGCUCACAAGAGAUACCCUUUUGUAUUCUAAUGUCAAGCUUGACUAAACAAGCACUAGGGAGAUCUAAGUAAUGGGUGCUUGAACUGUCAAAAGAAGACCAGAUUGCCAUUGGACCUUCUAUACAAUUUGUUUUCUGAAGAUGCAUCACAUGCCUGCCUUUGUCCAAUUUACAUUGUUUAUAUUGAAACCUCUACCUAUUCUGUGGUAUUAAACACAGGUAGUUCUUAGGUUAUCUGAGUUUUCUCAUCCAGACAUUAAUGACCAGCUCAGUGAGGAAUUUUCUUUAGAGAGAUUCUCGAUAGCCACUUUGUUUUUUUUUUUUUUGGAUGUAAAGCACUGGACUGGUCAUCUUGGGUGGGGAAGAAUUUGUGUUUUAAGCAGAUAAAAAUAAUUAUGUGCAUUUGGCCAUGAGGAGAUUCUCUUAUCAUGUGUAUUUGUUUAUUAGAUUUCAAUAAUAUAUUUAUGUAUUUUCCAA